AUGGCUAAGACGAAGAAACAGGUGAAGAACGGGCAACCGAGCUUCUACCCCGCCGAUGACAUCAAAAAGCCGCUGAAGCGCACGAUCGAGCACAAGCAGACCAAGCUUCGCGCAUCCAUCGCGCCCGGUCAAGUGCUGAUCCUUCUCGCUGGACACUUGAAGGGUAAGCGCGUGGUGUUCUUGAAGCAGCUCGAGUCUGGGUUGUUGCUCGUCGCCGGUCCGUACGGUGUGAAUGGCGUGCCGGCGAAGCGCGUGAACCAGCGCUACGUCAUCGCGACGAGCGAAAAGGUUGACAAGCCGGCGAAGGAUCGCAGUAACAAGAAGAGUGAAGAAGAAUUCUUCAAGGUUGACCUCGCGAAGAAGGAGCUUCCGGCUGAUUACCUCGAGAACAACAAGGCUCUCGACAAGGCGCUCGGCGACGCCAUCGCGAAGACGCCGUACCUCAAGGAAUACAUGUCCACGCUCUUCACUUUGAAGUCUGGCGACAAGCCGCAUGAGAUGAAGUUCUAA